AUGGGUGAGUUACAGUCGCUCUGUCGCGACACUCUCAGAGCCUGGCUCCCCAAGUGUCACUUGAUGCACAUUGAAUGCGGUUCGGUUGGCAAGGUGAGCGUGGAAGCAGGCGUUGCAACUACUUCUCCCUCUUCUUCAUCCCUCGCCUUGCAAGAAAUGCCUCUUCACCAGCUGCGUUGGCGUGACUUGUGUUGCACCACUCGUCACUCCAACGAGCAUAACAGUCAGCAUGCCGACACAUGGAGCAGUAUGUCUGCAGGACAGUAUGGUGCAUCAGCGUUGAAUGCCUAA